AUGGCCCCACCGGCGCCGCACAUCGUCGACGAGAUCCUGGAAGAGAUCUUCCUCCACCUGCCCACCCCAGCGGCGCUCGCCCGCGCCUCCACCGCCUGCCCCCGUUUCCGCCGCAUCAUCACCCAAGGCUCCUUCCUCCGCCGCUACCGCAAACUCCAUCCGCCGCCACUUCUGGGAUUCGUCGCCGACAAAGGUGGCUUCCACCCCGCCCAGGAACCCCAUCCCUCCGCACCGCUUGGCCGUGCCCUCGCCGACGCCGCAGAUUUCUCCUACUCCUUCGUCCCCAAGCCCAACAAUGGUUGGCUCACCCCGUGGUAUGCCCGCGACAUCCGCGACGGCCGCGUCCUCCUCGAGUGCAGCUCCUUGUGGGAGACCGAUGCAGUCUUCACAAACCUUGCGGUGUGCGAUCCGUUGUCACGGAGAUACGUGCUGCUCCCACCAAUACCUGAGGAAAUGACAGUCCAGCAAGAACGCCUUGUUGAAUUCGAGCCUAUGCUCGCUCCAAUUGGCGAGGAUGAGGAUGAGACCUCGUUCAAGGUGAUCUGCACCGCGCACUACAAAAGCAAGCUGGUGAUGUUUGUCUUCUCUUCUGUCACGGGACAAUGGUAUAUUGCAGCAUCUCCCACCUGGAGUUCCUUGGGCACAGGUGAGCCAUCUUGGCCAUGCUUGUCCCGUUUCAACUACUUGCGUGGCUGCUUCUACUGGACAGAUCUUUGGAGCGAGAAGUUGCUUGUGCUGGACACACGCAUAAUGGAGUUUUACACUGUCAGCCUUCUCAGCGGCGACAAUCUGCAGCUUCUAAAUCAGCCUAACAAGAGAGUAUGCAUGUCUACCAUUGUUGAUGGUACACGAGGAGCCCUUGAGAUGUUUACUCUCGUCGGUGUUUACGGUUCUAACUUCUUUCGUCUCCAUCAUACCACUCAACAAAACAACAGUGAACCUUCCAGCGAGUGGCAGCAGAAAAAUGUUAUAGCAUUGCCUUGCCGAUGUUUGUAUUUCACAGUUAGUGCAGCUGAGGGAUUCUUAUUCCUUCGAGGGGUUCGAGAAGCUCAGUGGGAUCAUAAUUUACAUGGGGUGUUGCCCGAGGAUAACUGUGAUUAUCUUUUUUCUCUGGAGGUUAAGACUUUUGAACUUAAGAAGGUCUGUAGAGCAACAAACUACCAGUCCCCCACUCGUUUUCACUCGUACUUUGGACUCCCACCAUCAUUGUCGAAACCAAGUCUAUGAACUACAAAGCGAACUGUUAUGGCCGCGAAGCUGGUAUCGGUGAUUAGAGAUUGGAGGAUGCUCAAGCUGGUGCUAUGCAACCAAUAUGCUAGCUGGAUUUAGUAUUGGAUCCUUCACAUCGUUUAUAUGAACUUGGCCAUUGUACUUUGGUAUGGUUGUGUUUACGGUAUUUAAGCCCAAUUUGGUGUAGGCAAUGUGGGUUUGUUUAGCACUAAGUUGUAAGAGUCAUACUGUGUUCUUGUGAUGGGAGAUCAUUGUUUUUUUUAGAAGAUGGGAGAUCAUUGUGGUGUUGUGCUUUGCCACAGCGUUAUGUUCUGCUCAGCUUGUUUAUGAUCUA